AUGACGUCAUAUAGUACGGCGUGGAUUCGUAAGCUACGGAAAUCAGAUUUGGAAUGGGAACUGGCCCGUAUAAACCUGUCAACAGAAGGCGCUCGGGAAGAAUUACGAAGGAGGCUUACCGAGUAUGUAAGGGCCCAUCCCGAACAGUAUAUUAGGGUAAAUUGGAUUUUUCAGUUGGACGAAGUUACAUUGAAAGCCGAGCUGGAGGAUUGCGGGUUGGAUGUAACUGGGUCUAAAGAGGAUUUAACACUCCGCUUAUUCCAGUAUGUUCGCGACCAUCCAGAGGAGUUUUUAAAAUUUCCUUCCGAUUUAGGGGAAAUAAGUCAGGGGGUUGAAGGCCGCAGACCUCUCCCAUUAGACACCGUCUGGAAAUUGGGCUUGAAAUUUACGCCGGACGAUAGUGUGCAUACCUUCUUUGAAAGGCUGGGAGAAUUGAAAUUAGCAUAUGACGUCAGUGAUGAAUCUAUGGUACGCGCGGUACCCGUGCUACUGAAAGGUCAAGCUGUAUUGUGGUUUCGAAAUAAUCAGAGUACUUGGGAUACCUGGGAAGAUUUCCUUAUUAAUUUUAAGGAUAGGUAUCUCCCCGCAGAGAUAGAUGAUGUCCUUACGGAGGAAAUUCGGGUGAGGACCCAAGGGGCCGACGAAUCAGUCGCUGAUUAUGUAACCGCCAUUAGGACGUUAAUGAGACGCCUCACUAAAGCGCCGACCCCUGCAGAACAACUGCGAUUGUUGAUGAAGAAUCUCCGUCCAGAAGUGCGAUUGUAUAUACGAGAUUGUGACGUAAAUUCGUUUGCGGAACUAUUGGCUAUGGGUAAACAGUAUGAACAGUAUAAGCGGGAAAAGGAAAGGUUUAGGCCUCCGCCCGAUAUCGCUCAAGCUUUGAUCCCCGAAGUAGCGUACCGACCUAAGAAGUCGGGAACAGUGAAAAAACUGACGCUUUUGAAUUCGGCUACGAAGCCUGAUUCGAAAGGCAAAGACAGGCAGGCUGGGAGGCAGACUUCCACUCCACUGGCCAGCCGGACUAAGACGUGUUGGAAUUGUAAUAAACCUGGCCAUUUCUUUUCGCAGUGUAAGCAGAGUAAGAGGACAUUCUGUCAUAUAUGUGGGAGGCCGGACACAAUAGCGGCGACGUGUGGCUGUCAAAGGCCGAGGACAACUGGGAGGAACAGAAGUCAACAGGAUUCAGCUGCGUCCUCUCCGCAGCGGGUGGGGACUCUGUCCCGAAAGACAAGGGAGUAUCACAGAAGGGACGGGGACGCUACAGGACAACAUCACAACGACUGGAAUCUCUAUUUACGAGAAUUUGCGUAUGCCCUGAAUACCGCCGUGCAUUCGGCAACGGACUAUACGCCGGCCUACCUGAACCUGGACAGAGAGCUGAAACUGCCUAGCGUGAUGGACGCUUCGGAAGGAUCUCCGGAGCUGGACCCUACUCUUCCACAGGAAUGGGCUGAAAAAAUUUCGGCGCUUCGAGACAUAUAUCUCUUGGUACGAGAUAACUUAGAAGAAGCGUAUGAGAAAGCGAGUCGCCGAUAAAACUUGCGACGUAGGGACUCGGUAUUUAAGGUAGGAGAUUCCGUACUAAGAAAAAACUAUGCCUCGCGCUCAGCGGGCGAAAAGGUUACCGCCGGUUUAUUGCCUAAGUAUCUUGGUCCUUAUACAGUUAAAAGACGAAUUUCGGCCGUAACGUAUGGGCUAGAAUCCAGAAAUGGCAAGGCCUUAGGCCGAUGGCGUAUUAAAGACUUAAAGCCCUACCAUGGUAGAUUAUAGGAUGACCGCGGGCUUUGUCAGAAAUCCUGUGAGUAAGAAGUCAGAGAACUGACCCUCGUAAAAGGAAGAGAAAGGAGGGGGAUAUGUCGACACGCUCGCGCGCAGGGGGAACCCAUAUGGGAGUAUUGUUGCAGGAGUAGUGGUGAACGUAGAGGGUAGAAAGUAGAGACUAAAGAGUGGUGUUGAACGUAGUGGGUAGAAAGUAGAGAGUAAAGAGUAGUGUUGAAUGUAGAGGGUAGAAAGUAGAGAGAACAGAGGUGCCGUAGCUACCGCAAUUGUAACGGGAACCCGCUAAGAAAUGUAUUGUGACAUGUUGACCCCUACCUCCCCAUCUGCACGU